AUGUCUCUCACACCCCAGGCAUUACGAUUACUUUCUCGAGAGACCAUCACCCUCCGUUCGGAUCCUCCUGAGGGAGUGAGGAUAGUGGUUGAUGAAGAUGAUCUGACCAACAUGGAAGGAUGGGUGCAGGGGCCAGGAGGUACACCUUACGAAGGUGGUUAUUUCCGAAUCCGAUUUUCAUUUGGACCCGAAUAUCCCAACUUACCACCUAAAUGCACGAUGAUUACCAAAAUCUUCCAUCCAAACAUCUCUAAAAGCGGUGAAAUCUGUGUGGACACAUUGAAAAAAGGUUGGAAUAAGAGUUAUGGAGUUGGCCAUGUCCUGGUGACAAUAAAAUGCUUGUUGAUUUACCCUAAUCCCGAAUCUGCAUUGGAUGAGGAAGCUGGGAAACAAUUACUGGCAGAUUAUGAUGGUUAUUGCAAGUACGCGAAAUUGAUGACUAGCAUUCACGCAAUUCCAAAUCUUCCCCCUCCCGAGUUUAGGAACACUUCAUCCUCAUCUGCUACCCCUGUAUCAACUGCACGACCAGUAUCUUCCAGUAAGCCCACACCGCUUGGGACGAAUGUCAAGCAGAACCCUUCUCCUAUCAUCGAACAAGGUCCAACGGUUGGAGAUGAUACUUCAAAAGCUGUAAAGACUAUCAUCACUGGUGUACCCGCUACUACCAAAGUCCCUAUUGCUGGAGCUGGAGCUGGGGGUAAGACGGCGGCGAAUAGUAAAGCCAAAAGAGGAGCUAAGAGGUUGUAA